AGACCCGACCAAUACCAUCUUGCAUUGAAUUAGUCUCCCAAUCAACGUAGGGCCUUGGCUUAGUUGGGCUCCCUUGUCGCUCUCUUCGUUCGCUUGAAAACCACCACCAGCCGAAGCUGUUAACACCGCUGACGGCUAUCGCAUGCUCAAUAAUCGCCCAAACUGCCCAAUUUCCAUAAUUCUAGACAUAAACAACCGCCAGUAAAGAAGAAGAAAAGCAGAACAUUUUAGGGUUUUUGAAAGACACCAACAAUGGCGAAUUGCGCAAUUCCAAACGAGGGUCUCAAAGAUCUUCUCAAACCCUUCUACCAGAGAGCUUCUGAAGCCGAGGAUCGCCUGUCGAUAAUCGAGAAUGUGAUUUCGAGUAAGAAGGAAAUUCUGGAGGCUGGCAAUGAGGAAUGUUCAGAAAAGGUGAAAGAGUUGGAGUUGAAGUUGGAAGAAGUGACCGCACAGUUAGCUGCAGAGAAAGAGAAGGUUGCUAAGCUCACUGUUGAGAAUUGUAAGAAGGAUUACCGCAUGAUCCACCUUGUUCGGUCAGUCAAAGAGGUUGAUCUCAAGUUGGAGCAGUUGACUACCAAAUAGGAUAGACAAAGUACAAGCUCAAGUUACCUCGGUGUAUACAAGCUUUUGAAGCCCAUUUCAUCUUUACAAAUGGAUUUUACUUUAGUAUAAUCUAUUCUAGGAGUUUGUAGAAAAAGGAUAGGGAAGUAAACUUGAAGUUAGGUUGCAGUUUGAAAAACUUUUGAUGGAAAUAGGUGGGUAUUGACUUAUGGAUGUUCAAAUUUGACCAAAAACGUGUGAAUUUUUCAUAUGAUGUCGAUGAUUAAUGGAUUAUGUAUGCUAGUAA